AUGGAUGAAUUACAGAAAUUAGAAUAUCUUUCCUUGGUUUCUAAAGUUUGUACAGAAUUAGAAAAUCAUUUGGGAAUCAAUGAUAAGGAUUUAGCUGAAUAUGUUAUUGACUUGGCAGAGAAAAACAGUACAUUUGAUACAUUUAAAAAGGCUUUGGAUGAAAGAGAUGCUGAAUUUUCUGACUCACUGGUGGCUAAUUUGUUAAGAUUAAUAAAUAAAAUGAAGCCAAAACCAAGAAAAAGUGAUGAAAAUGAAAAAUCGUUUGAAGAAACUGAAAAAGAAUUGGAUACGGAAGAUGUUAAGUUAAAAAGGAAAAUGUUUCCUGGAUUGGCCCUUCCCAAUAAUCCUGAAGUUAGGGUAAAAAAGAUGAAACCAAAAGAUGAAAAAAUAGCAGAUGACAUGAUGGGAGAAUUAGAGGCUUUGAUGACACAAGCUAAACAAUCAAGUGGAAAAAAGUACGCUAUUGUUGUAAUAUUUUUUGAUGCCUAA